AUGAGGCGCAUGCGCGUUGGGGACCGGCGCUGGGGCUGCUCCGGCUCGGGGCGGAGGGGCCAGGCAGGGCUCGGUGGCGGCGGCAGUGGUGGCGGCGGCGUUGCCGCCGGCGGCAGCGGCGAGGAGGCGGCGGCGGCGCCUGGCGAGCAGGACGGCUGGCGGGGUCAGUCGCGGGGCUCGCCACAGCAGCUGGCGGAGCGCUACGCCGACCUGGCGGCCAGGCACCGCGAGGCGGUGCGGCAGCGCGAGGAGCGGGAGUGGCACAACGCGCGGCUGCGGCUGGAGAACGCGCGGCUGCGGCUGGAGAACGCGCGGCUGCGCCGCGAGAACCGCAGCCUCUUCCGGCAGACCCUGCUGGGGCCCGCGCCCGGCGGCCCCGAGCGCGGCGGCGACGCCGCCCUGCGCGACCGGUUGCGGCGCCUGCAGGAGAAGCACCGCCGCGCUGUGCAGCAACUGCGGCGCUGCCGCGAGCUGGACGACGGGGAGCUGGAGGAGCUGCUGGAGGAGGCGGAGGAGGAGGCGGAAGAGGCGGUGGCGCCCGCCGAGCAGAGGAGCCUGGUGCUGCCCGUGUAGCCGGUGCACUGCGCGGCCUGCGGCAGGCUGCUGCUGGCCUCCAGUGGGCCGAGUCCGCGGGUGUGGCGUGGCAGGCCGGUGCCCGAUGUUUGCCGGCCUUCCUCGGGCCGCGCCGCGGGGCAGGCGGCUGCCCCCGUGGCUUUCGCAGGCGUGCAGACAUUGGGCCGCCAGGAGGACUUGGCGCGUCUCGGAGGAUGGGCGCCUCAUUCGCUGCCGCCAUGUGGAUCUUGGGGUUGGGUUUGGCACUUUCCCGUAAAACUGCAGAAACUAAAUAAAAACUUGACGCACCAA